GUUAUAUAAACUCAUUAAAAAGUGGCUUUGGUUUGUGACGACAGUGGGUGAGUGAUUAUGAACAAGAGUGCAGUGUUUUCACAGAGUUGUUUCUUUGUCUACCAGACUGAGCCCAUGCUCUAAUCUGGGUUAUCUGGCUGUAAUCAGCUUUGCCCACUGCUACUCUCACUGCUGCUGCUGCUGCAGGGUGGGCACUUUGCUUUCAGUCCACUUCUGUCAUCUACUAACAUAAACAGCUAGAAAGCUGACUGAACAGUAGAGAUCAGCUCACCUGCAGAGACACAAAGCACUCUGUCUACCUGGGAGGAUGGCUGAGCUUCCAGAUGCGGGUCCCACCAAAGGGGGACCAACUACACCAGCUACAGAUGUGUACCCUAGAAAAAUACUGGAGUACAUGGAAGGCUUUCUUAUCUCCAAGACGGUGUUCACAUCCUGUGAACUGGGUGUGUUUGAUGUGUUGCUGGCUGCAGAGCGUCCGCUGUCAGCAGAGGAGAUCAGUCAGGCGGUGGGAACCAGUCUGGACGGGACGCAGCGGCUGCUUGCUGCCUGCACAGGCCUGCAGCUCCUCAACACACACUGGGACAGCGGGCAAGUUUUUUAUAGUAACACAGAACAGUCCAGAGUCUUCCUCACACGUUCCAGUCCUUUGUCCCUCAGCCAGUCCAUCCAGUACAGCUCCAGGACCAUCUACCUCUGCUGGCAUUAUCUCACAGAUGCUGUUAGAGAGGGAAGAAAUCAGUAUGAAAAGGCUUUUGGAGUCAGCUCAAAGGACCUGUUUCAAGCUCUGUACAGGUCUGAUGAGGAAAUGGUGAAAUUCAUGCACUUGAUGAACUCCAUCUGGAACAUCUGCGGCAGAGACGUGGUCACGGCCUUUGAUCUUACGCCUUUUAAGUUCAUCUGUGACCUGGGAGGCUGCAGUGGAGCAUUAGCCAAGCAGUGCACGUUGGCCUACCCAGAAUGCACUGUGACAAUCUUUGACCUCCCCAAGGUAGUGCGUGUGUCAGGGGAACACUUUGUCACCGAGGCUGACCAGAGGAUCAGCUUCCAUGAGGGUGAUUUCUUCAAGGACUCCCUGCCAGUCGCAGAUCUCUAUAUUCUUGCCAGAAUCCUCCAUGACUGGACAGAUGAGCGCUGCACAGAGCUCCUCUGCAGAAUCUAUAAGGCCUGUAAACCAGGAGGUGCCGUGCUGCUGGUGGAGGCGCUGCUAAAUGAAGACGGGUCUGGUCCACUGACAGCACAGCUCUACUCCCUGAACAUGCUGGUGCAGACGGAGGGCAGAGAGAGGACAGGUGCUCAGUAUGCUGCACUGCUGGCUGCCAGCGGCUUCACCAACAUCCAGCACCGCCUCACUGGAAAAAUCUAUGAUACCGUUCUGGGUCACAAAGAGACAUGAGAGAUAAAGAAAAAUGAUGCCACCAUGUGUGCAGUAAAAUAAAG